AAAUUCAUCUCACGUUUUCUCUUUGGAUAUACAUAUCAUUGCAGAAACAUUCAUGUUCGCUAAGCGACGUUAACCCGUCGUAUCUUAUCAAGUAAUAGAGUUAACUUCCCUUUUAAGUGAAACUUAUUACACGUUAUGAAGCAUAAAAUAAUAAUUGCUACUUCUCUUGGUGUAAGCAGUGGUAUUAUAUUUGGAUUAGUUUUAAAAUAUUUAACUCCCCAACCAUGGUCCGGAAGAAAUAUAAUGUAUAUCAAAUUUCCUGGCGAAAUAUUUAUGAACAUAACGAAUAGUAUAAUACUACCUUUGGUAGUGUCUACUGUUAUAAGUGCAGCCUGCAAUUUAAGCAAGUCAGGACCUAUUGGACUAAUGGCACUCUGUUAUUACUCUAUGACAACGUCAAUAGGAAUUAUUCUAAGUGUUGUAUUGACACAAAAUAUAAGACCAGGAGAAUUACUUAACAAUGGAAACCUUACAUCGAAUUUAACAACUAAAUCUUUUAUGACAAUUGAUACACUUUUAGACUUAAUUCGUAAUUUAUUAUCGGACGAUUUAAUUAAAGCGUGUUUUAAACAGUAUCAAACAGUUUUGGAAGAACCACAAAAUACAACUGAAGUACCGAUAGACGAAUGGACUAUAAAUUAUCAAGAUAUACCAGGCACGAACGUAAUUGGUUUGGUAUUUUUUAGUUUACUACUAGGUAUAGCAGCUGAUAAAUUGGGCGAAGAAAACAGACCCCUGUUAAAAAUUGUAGAUACUUUUUCUCAAGCGAUGAUGAAUAUUAUGCAUGGGAUAAUUAUGAUGGCACCAAUUGGCGCAUUCUUUCUAAUCUCUGGUAGAAUUUUAGAGAUGAAAGAUUUUAGUUUAAUAUUUAAACAAUUGGGUGCAUAUAUAUUAACCGUUUUUAUCGGCUUAAUAUUGCAAGGGCUAUUAAUAUUACCAACAUUGUAUUUUCUAAUCACGCGUAAAUCUCCGUAUAAAAUUAUAAUGAAACUAGGUCCUGCUUUUGCAACAGCAUUUGGAACAUCAUCGAGUACAGCAACUGUUCCUGUAACAAUAAAAUGCUUAGAAGAAGUUGGAAUAGAUUCUGGAGUACUGAAAUUUAUUGUGCCAAUAGGUGCUACAAUAAAUAUGGAUGGAAUAGCAUUGUAUGAAACUGUUGGAGCAAUAUUUAUCAUCCAAAUGCGAGGAUUACAUUUUUCCUUAUUUAAAAUAAUAGUUGUCAGUAUUACGUGCACCUUUUCAUGCAUCGGUGCAGCUGGAUUGCCUAGUGGUGGUUAUAUGAUGUUAAUAAUGGUAUUAAAUUCUAUUGGAGUCCCAGUAGAUGAUAUUGCGUUAAUUAUUGCUAUUGAUUGUUUUGUGGAUCGAUUCAGGACAACUAUAAAUAUUAUUUCCGAUGCUCUCGGAUCUGGUAUAAUAUCUCAUUUACUUGCAAAUAAAUAUAAACAAUACAAGAAUUCUAUGCCUGUGGAAAUGCAAUCGUUGACCAACGAAGCUAAAUAAAUGAUGUAUAAAAAGUCAAAUAAUAUAUUGAAAUAAAAAUAUACCGCAAGAGA